ACGUUUCUUACUAAUAAUUAAUUAUAAUUAAUAAUAUUUACCAUCAAAGAAGAUCGCAAUUAUUUAUUUAUUUAUUUUGGUAUUGUCUUGUACUGAUAAAAAUACUGGAACAAGCAGUUCACUAUAUCAAGAAAAUAUUGCUUUCACUCUCUUGAUGAUCUUAACAUACAGCGAGCUUAUUCACAGAGGAAAAAGAUGAUGCGAUUUUCACUUCAAAAAGUGAAGAAUUUACCGGCUUUAAGGCCUCAGGUUUUGGCUUCUGCGAGUCCUCGUUUCUCUACUGCUACUGAAUCUUCUUUUAAUCACCGUAAUCCUUCGAGGGUUCCUAAUCUUAUAGGAGGUGCUUUUGUUGAUUCGAAAUCAACAUCAACCAUUGAUGUUAUAAACCCUGCGACGCAAGAAGUUGUUUCACAAAUUCCUUUAACUACAAAUGAAGAGUUCAAAGCUGCAGUGGCUGCAGCAAAGCAAGCUUUCCCGUCAUGGCGAAAUACCCCAAUUACAACUCGUCAGCGUAUUAUGUUCAAACUCCAAGAGCUUAUUCGUAGGGAUAUGGAUAAACUGGCCAAGAAUAUUACAACUGAACAGGGCAAGACAUUGAAGGAUGCUCAUGGAGAUGUCUUUCGGGGACUUGAGGUGGUGGAACAUAGUUGUGGAAUGGCAACCCUGCAAAUGGGAGAGUAUGUCCCCAAUGUAGCUAGUGGAAUCGAUACAUAUAGUGUUAGAGAACCACUAGGUGUUUGUGCUGGGAUUUGUCCCUUCAACUUUCCAGCAAUGAUUCCCUUAUGGAUGUUCCCUGUCGCAGUUACAUGUGGUAAUACUUUUGUUUUAAAGCCAUCGGAAAAGGAUCCUGGGGCAUCCAUAAUGCUGGCUGAGUUAGCAAUUGAAGCUGGUCUGCCCCCGGGUGUCUUAAAUAUAGUUCAUGGCACCAAUGACAUUGUUAAUGCUAUUUGUGAUGAUGAUGAUAUCAGAGCUAUAUCAUUUGUUGGUUCUAAUACUGCUGGCAUGCACAUAUAUGGAAGAGCUUCUGCUAAAGGAAAACGUGUGCAGUCCAAUAUGGGGGCCAAAAAUCAUGGCAUUGUCAUGCCUGAUGCAAACAAGGAUGCUACACUAAAUGCUCUACUUGCUGCUGGUUUUGGUGCUGCGGGACAAAGGUGCAUGGCACUUAGCACAAUAGUCUUUGUUGGUGACUCUGAAUCAUGGUUGAAUGACCUGGUUGAACGUGCCAAAGGUCUUAAAGUUAAUGCUGGAAUUGAACCCAAUGCAGACCUUGGUCCAGUGAUUAGCAAACAGGCUAAAGAACGAAUAUGCAGGUUAGUUCAAUCUGGAGUUGAGCGUGGUGCAAAACUACUGCUUGAUGGGAGAAAUGUCGUGGUUCCGGGAUAUGAGCAAGGAAAUUUUAUUGGUCCGACAAUUUUAACUGGUGUCACAGCUGACAUGAAAUGCUAUAAGGAGGAAAUCUUCGGCCCAGUUCUUGUUUGCAUGAAGGCUGACAGCUUGGAAGACGCUUUAAACAUUGUUAACAGAAACAAAUAUGGUAAUGGUGCUUCUAUAUUUACUACAUCCGGUGCUGUAGCGAGGAAAUUCCAGACAGAGGUUGAGGCCGGGCAGGUUGGCAUCAAUGUCCCCAUACCAGUUCCCUUGCCAUUUUUCUCAUUUACUGGCAAUAAAGCAUCUUUCGCGGGCGACCUUAACUUUUACGGCAAGGCUGGAGUUAACUUUUUCACCCAGAUUAAAACAGUUACUCAACAAUGGAAGGAUUUACCUAGCGGCAGCGGAGUUUCCCUAGCAAUGCCAACAUCGCAGAAGUUAUAACCAUGAUCGGAUUGUUCUUUCAGGAGUUGUAGGUCUGCCAUGUACCAAUGUCAAGAUCUUCACUUAACCACCUUUCAACUGAUUCCCUAUACUGCUAGUUUAUAAGACGGGAAAACGGGAAAUAAGAUUGUCCUUAAUGUUAUUUAACUAUGGUUGUGGACACAUUUUUGUUCGCGGUCACAUUUAUAGUGGUUGCGGAUGUAAUGCAUGCUAUUACUGGCAAUUGUGGUAAA